UCUUAUGAACUUCACAAACUUCCUGUUGUGAGAAACACUGUACAGUCUUCAGGAGCGAAACAACACUUCUCCUGGCUCUGUUUGAGUUUGAUUUGAAGUCAUGACACUGACAGUCCGUGAUCUGAGGAGGAUCUUACCUAAGACGUAUAAUCACAGGAGAGAGGUCUUGUCAGAGAUCUCUACAGUUUUGUCUCAGCAUCAGUACCUUCAGCCAGUGCUGGAGAAAUUCGUCUUUAAUGACGGGACAGCUAAGAUGUUGAUCAAUUUGACUGGAACUAUUGAAGUCAUUUACAACGGCAAACGCUACAAUAUUCCAGUGAGUUUGUGGCUGAAGGAAAGUUAUCCACGCACUGCGCCCAUCUGCUAUCUGAAACCCACGUCGGAGAUGGUGAUCGUGCCCAGCAGACACGUCAACAGCAGUGGAGAGAUCACGAUGCCUUACCUGGACGAGUGGAGACAUACACAGUGUGACCUGCACAGCUUGAUUCAGGUUAUUAUGGCCAUGUUUAGUGAAGUUCCUCCUCUGCGUAUGCGUCUUUAUCCAGAAGAUUCAGGUUCUGCUUAUCAGAGUUGCUUAUAUGAGGAAAUCUCACAUGUGAAGCUGGACAGAGAUGAUGAUCUUCCUAUCUCUGAACAUAAUGAAACCAUCUGUUAGCUUGCUAGAUGUAUUUGCAAUGUGAUUUCUCAGCAGCUUGUACACAUUUUGUUGUUAAAGAAGACAUUUGCAUGAGACUGUAAACUUUUGUAUAAAAAAUAAUAAUACUGAAUGUUAAAUUUGAGCAGCAUGAAUGUAAAUACUGAAAUUUUAUGUGCAUUUACUUACAUUUUAUGUGAAUAUACAGGUUUAUGUAACAAUGUUUUCCUAGUGCUAAAUUUCACAAUUAAAGUUUUUUUUUUUUUUUAAGUUUUGACAUCUGUCAUGUAAAACACCUUCAUAAGUAUUGACAAAU